GUAUAAGUAAAUAAAUAAACAUAAACAUACAAAUGUUACCAGUAACAACAUGAAUAUCCCAUGCACUUGCCACACUGUCUAUCACCUUAUCACCUGCCUUUUUUAUCAUAAUUCUAGAUAAAAAACAACUAUUUGUGUUGCGGUGUUGCGGACUUUAGUACGGACAUAUUUAAUCCUUUAUUAUCUGUUUCUAAUCGAGACUAAUUAGUCUGAUAUGUUAAUUUAUCUAUGUGUAAAGACAAAAGAGUGUUACCAAGAAAACUGAACUAACUACUUAUAAUUUAUUUGUGUUUACUAUAAAUAUUAUUAUUAUUUUUCUUUGAGUCAUAUGAAAAAAAAACAUUGACUAUUCACAAGUUUGUGCUGUUUUAUAGAAGUCUAUACUAUUAAAAUGCCCUGGCCCUGGGUGGUGCUAAUACUAGGUGCCUCACUGUCCGCAAGUCUAUUUGUAUUCCACGUAGCAGUGGUACCACUCAUCUUCAAAUAUUCAAAGGGUUUUAGAAGAAAUCUAGUCUUUGCUAAUUUUGUACAAUGGCCGCCCAACACGGACUUCGAGGAGCCGUCCUCAUCAGGAAUCGAGGGGGCACGGAACCUUAGCAUUGAAUACCAGUCGAAAGUCGACAAAUGCAAUGUCAAGAUUGGUAUCUGGCACAUACUCCCAAAGACAGCGUACGAGCGGCUGAAGGGUAAUUUCGAGAGCGGCACGGACCGGGAGGAGCUGAACAAAAUACUCGAUGACGAGCUCACCAAGUCCAACUCUCCUGUCGUACUCUACUGUCAUGGCAACUCGAACAACCGAGCGGCCGCGCACAGGAUAGAGUUGUAUAAGUUCUUCCAGAAAAUGGAGUUCCACACAAUCGCGUUCGAUUAUAGAGGGUACGGCGACUCGACCAACAUCCGUCCGACGGAGGCGGGCGUGGUGGAGGACUCGCUGGUGGUGUACGAGUGGCUGCUCACCACCCUCGGGGGGAACCACAAGCUCUUCGUGUGGGGACACUCGCUCGGUACAGCAAUAUCAUCCCACUUACUGGGCAAUCUACAAGACUUGUCAGUGAAGCUCCUAGAGAGACCGACCCCCCUGCCGCUGCCCAGGGGGCUGAUACUGGAGGCACCCUUCAAUAACCUGGCUGAUGAAGUUGCUAAACAUCCUUUGUCUAAAUUAGUAACCUGGCUCCCAUACUACGACUGGACAUUCGUGGACCCGUUCCGAAGCAAUGACGAGCAGACGUUCAAGUCCGACGAGUACCUGGUCAAAGUGAGGUCUCUGCCCGUCCUCAUACUGCACGCUAAGGAUGAUGUUAUCGUGCCGUUCGUCGUUGGGUUGAAAUUAUACAGAUCAAUAUUACAAUCCCGCGGCACAGACGACGCGAUGGUGAAGCUACACGCGUUUGAAAAGAAGGACGAUCUUGGUCACAAAGGGAUCUGCACCUCUGCUGAUCUACCUGACGUCGUGGGAGAAUUCGUAAAUCAGCAUCUACAGUGAUUUCAAACAACUUCAAGUGAUGGUAUACGCCUUCAAUUCUGAAAAUCAUGAUAUUACUUAAUAUUAUACAUAACAUCACGCCCGCUUCUCUUCAAAGGGACAGGCAGGAGUGAAAAAUAUACUCAUUUUUUGACAAAUACUUGGGCUUUAACUAUUAAACUCUGCUGUUCUCUUCAAGGUAAAAAGGCGUGAUGAUAUGGAUCAACUUAUACUCUAAUAAUCAUGUUCCUAAUAUUAUAUUUAAAGAAAUAAAUCUGUUUUGCUAUAUUUACCAAUUGAAAAUGAACUUUAAAUGUAUGUAAGUAAGAUAUAAAAUCCUUAGAAUUGUCAACAAAAGCCUAAAGUCUGGAUUUGUGCCUAAGUAAGCUUAAUGAUUGGAUUAAUAAAUAGAUUUUUAACCGUCACUUUUGAUUCUUAGCUAGCUACUGUAGAUCUCUAGUUCUAUUCCCCGGCGGGGUAUCAUAGAUGCACUUUAGAUUCAAUUUUUUUAUGCUGUCAAAAACAAUAAAUCACUAUUUUUUUAAAACAAAUUGACUAUAGUACAAUUACAAUGCAAGUAUUAUGUUUAAAUAAUGCACCAAUAUGAUAUUUAUAACAUUUACAAUUUGCACAAGAAACAGUUGCAUAUGUGAUAAGCAUAAAAAUAAAAUUUAUAUUGGUUAUAUUGAAGAAAAUCUUUUGUGUAAAUAAUGCAUGGUGAAGCCCCUGCUAGCCUGACUACGGUCACGUCUAGUCAGUGAGUUUGUAAUGCCUGAUCAACUGUAUAUUUGAACUGUAGAGUUUUAGAUGCUUCUAGCAUAGCAUUUAAUUACACCGUCAUUUUCGGGGAGAUGUCAUACUCGGGAACGAUGGCAGAAUUGAUCAGUUUCCUACAUAGUUCGCAACGUAAACAUGACGGCUCUGGUAUUGCUAGUAUACGUACUUUGGCUACAGUGCAGAAGUUACCAUCAAGCGGAACUUCUUUGUUUUUUGCCAAUAUUAAAGAAAAUUGACAGCAAAUACUUCAUUUUUGUUCUGUCAGUCAAAAUGAGAC